CGAGUGGCAGUUGCCGGCAGGAGAAUUGUGUUGCUAACUACAAGAGUCAGAAAGAGAAGGUGAGAAAGCGGAAGAGUGGUUAUUGGUUUCUCCAAAUGAACUCUCUUCAUAUAUUUGUCUCUGCUUCAAUCGUCUUCUUCCUCUCAUUUCUCUCUCUGCCUCUUCUCGACCCAACUUAUUUUUUGGCUUGGAAGUCACCAUUGUCUCACCCAGUGGCUGAUUUGGUUUUGAGGAAUGGGGUGAUAUAUACCAGUGAUGAACAUGUCCCAUUUGCAGAGUCCAUGGCAGUGGCCAAUGGAAGGGUUCUUCGUGUUGGCAAUCAUUCAUUUGUUCAGGAGUUGGCAGGUUAUGGAACUCAAGUGUUGGAUCUUAAUGGGAAAGUUGUGGUUCCUGGGUUUAUUGAUUCCCAUGUGCAUUUCAUCAAUGGUGGAUUGCAGAUGAUGCAGGUGGAACUGAGAGGUGUGAAUGCAAAGGAAGAAUUUAUCAGAAGGAUCAAAGAUGCUGUUCAAAGCACAAAAAAAGGUUCCUGGAUUUUGGGCGGUGGAUGGAACAAUGAUCUAUGGGGAGGAGAUCUGCCAGAUGUCUCUUGGAUCGAUGAUAUUACUCCUAACAAUCCUGUUUGGCUUUCAAGAACGGAUGGUCACAUGGGCUUGGCUAAUUCAGUGGCCCUAAAGUUGGCUGGGAUUACAAAUUUAAUUGAUAAUCCAAGAGGAGGAACUAUUAUGAGGACUGCCAAUGGAGAUCCUACUGGACUCCUAAUUGAUUCUGCAAUGACACUUGUUUCCUCCCAGAUUCCAGAGGAUUCAGUAGAUGAUAGGAGAGAGGCGUUGCUUAGAGCAAGCAAUCUUGCUCUGACAAGGGGGGUGACAACGGUUGUUGAUAUGGGAAGAUAUUAUCCGGGGGUUUCAGCAGAUCUUUCUUGGGAGGAUUUUUCAGAUGUUUAUCAAUGGGCCAAUUCUAUGUCAAAAAUGAAAAUUAGAGUCUGCUUAUUUUUUUCAAUGGAGACAUGGUCACAUUUAGUGGAUGUGAUUAAUAAAAUGGGCCAUGCCUUGAGCGAAUGGAUUUAUGUGGGCGGUGUCAAAGCUUUUGCCGAUGGGUCUUUGGGUUCCCACAGUGCAUUGUUUUAUGAGCCAUAUGUUGAUGAGCCUGACAAUUAUGGCCUACAAGUGACUGAACCUGAAGCUCUUCUCAACAUGACCCUGGAGUCAGAUUUACAUGGUCUACAGGUUGCUAUUCAUGCUAUAGGGGACAAAGCAAAUGACCUUAUCUUGGACAUAUAUGGUUCAGUUGCUUCUACAAAUGGAAUGAGAGAUCGAAGAUUUAGGAUUGAGCAUGCCCAGCAGUUGGCAUCUGGAACUCCAGGCCGAUUUGGCAAACAAUGGGUUGUUGCUUCCAUGCAGCCAGAUCAAUUGUUGGACGAUGCUGACUCUGCUAGUAAAAAGCUUGGCAAGGAUAGGGCAGAAAAGGAAUCAUAUUUAUUUCGGUCACUCCUAGAUAACAAUGCAUUACUGGCAUUUGGUUCUGACUGGCCAGUGGUAGACAUCAAUCCCUUGAGUGGUAUUAAGACAGCUCUGAGAAGGAGGCCUCCCACUUGGGAAAAUGCAUGGAUUCCAUCAGAGUGCAUUUCAUUAGAUGAUGCAAUAAAGGCUUACACCAUUUCUGCUGCACGAGCAUGCUUCCUUGACAAUGAUCUAGGGUCCUUAUCUCCAGGGAAACUGGCAGAUUUUGUCAUAUUAUCCACUGAUUCAUGGAAAGACUUUGCUGAAGAAGCAUCUGCAUCGGUUGAGGAAACAUAUGUUUCUGGUGUAAGAGCAUAUCCUUGAAGGUGUUUCAUGUUCAGUUAGAUAACCAAAAUUUUCACACUAAAUGUACACAAAGGAUGGUUGCAGUGGUAGUUUUGGGUUCAGAUAAACUCAAUUUGCUUAAGUGGCACGUCUCAUAGUAAAUGAAACAAAAAAGGGUCCAUAUUUUAUGUCAGCCUGAAAACAUUUGGAUCAUCAUG